AUGGCCAACUCAAAGUAUGAAUAUGUACGCCAUUUCGAGACUGUGGACAAAGUUUUGCCCAACACAUGGCUAGUUGUGCGAAUUGAUGGUCGAGGAUUCCAUCGAUUCUCUCAGACUCAUGAAUUCCAGAAACCCAACGAUCGAAGAGCAUUAGAGUUGAUGAACCAAUGUGCGAUUGAGGUUAUGAAAGAUAUUAAAGAUAUUAUUCUAGCCUAUGGACAAAGUGAUGAAUUUAGUUUUGUUCUUCCAAAGUCUUGUAACUUGUAUUCACGAAGAGCGAGUAAGAUUGCUUCAACAGUGGCUAGUCUGUUUGCAGCAAACUAUGUAAUGCACUGGGGAAAAUAUUUUGGCGAUCAUAAAUUGCAAUAUGCACCUUGUUUCGAUUCUCGUGUUGUGUGUUAUCCAAGCGACCAGAACCUACGAGAUUAUCUCAGCUGGCGACAAGCAGAUUGCCACAUAAACAAUCUAUACAAUACAACCUUUUGGGCAAUCGUUCAUUCUGGCAAGACUGAAAUCGAAUCCGAAGAGAUCUUGCGGGGAACAUUCUCAAAAGAUAAGCAUGAGAUCCUCUUUACCAACCACAAUAUCAAUUACAAUAAGCUUGAGGAUAUUUACAAAAAGGGUUCUACAAUUAUUCGAAAAAAGACUCUGGUGACAUCCAUUUCUCCAAAUACUGGAAAGCCGGUAGAACGUACAAAGCUUGUUCCCUGUGCACUUUAUGAUGAUAUUAUUGGACAGGAAUUUUGGGACACCUAUCCAGAACUGUUGAAGGAGCGUUAGAAG